AUGUCAGGUAACGAUUUAUUACAUAUGGAUACUUCUGUUAUUCUAAACACAAUAAAACAACGUAAAAAAUCUGGAACUACUAUAUAUGAAUGGUAUGCAUGGUCUUAUUUUAAUAUAAUUUUCGGUUGUUUAAUAAUGGGUUUUAUUGCUAUGUUUUUUUCUUUUCGUACAACAAAAUAUAAAGAAGCUGAUAAUCAUAGUAAAGCACGUCUAUGGUCUCGUAUUACUUUAUUAUGGAAUAUAUUGGCUACAUGU